AUGUCGGAGAACGAUAGUAGCGAGAGUGAUAUUGAAAUGGACCCUGAAGAAGAAAAAGUGUAUAGACGGCAAGUUGAAGAGUCCGAUGGUUUUGAUGUUGAUUACUUUAGAUAUGCUGGGAUAAAGCCCUGUCCAUUGAAAGAUGAGAAUGCUUAUACUUAUGAUAUCGAACUUUUUGGAAGAUUGGGACUUCACUGUUACAAUCUUCUUCACGAGGGAACCAACCUCAAACUCAUGUGCAUUCCCAAGUACAACACUAAUAACAUUGGGGUAAGUUCUGGGGACUACUACUACAUAACGUUGGAGGCAAUAGACACAUACAACAACUCUCCAUGCACUUUUCAAACGUACGUAAGUGAAUGGUAUCAAACUUCAGAACAUGGAUACCUUGUGGUAGAGACAUAUAUUGCUAGAUUAAAAGGUCCUACUGGCCCUCAUAAUACUUGUAUUGGACGUGGGUGGAUAUGGGGAUGGGAAGAGGAGGCCAUCGAUGUUUACUACAAAGGUAAACUGCCUAAGUGGUUGACAAAAGAUUUGUUGGCUGCAGCCAAGGAUGAAUACUAUGUGGUGCAAGAAUCAGACAUUCUAGAAAAUGAGUGGCUUCAUCUGUAUGCUGAGAUUGCAUUGUACUCCAACUGGAAAUGGCAUGCGACUCGGAAGAGCUGUGAAGAGUCGCCGCACUUGAAGCUCAAGGCCAACAACGCUAUCUUCUACAUGGGUUUCAAGGGCAGUGGUGAUCAUCAUCCGAGUGGUAAGCAUGUCGAGUACCAAACAAUAGUACGGAAAGCCAUGGAUGGAAAACCGGGACACAUUCGUCUAGAAGUUGACUCUUGGCAAGCCAUACCAAGCGAUUUAAUUGGGGAGGAUGAACCGCCCUAG